AUGCAAUUUACACUUCAGGAUAUUUCACGGUACGAUUCGUUACCAGUCGGAUUGGAUAUUGGAACGUUGAAUUCUUCCAUCAGCGUGUACCGAAAUCAUGAAUUCCGCACGAUCGAGGAUGAUACUGGGAAGAAGCGCAUACACACAUGUGUCGCGUUUCAGUCAAAUCGAAGAAUGUGUGGAUCGUUGGCUUGGUCUUAUCAAUCCGAUUCCUACGAAACAUGCUACUUUGAUUUCAAGCGAUUCAUCGGCCAACGACUCUCCUCAGAGGAUGAUGCGGCAAAUAUUAUUGCCAAGCUUCCAUAUACCGUCCGUUAUGAGCGAGAAAAUGGCAACUUACAGUUUUCGGUCGUAAUUUCAGGGAAUCGGAUCUGGGUUACCGCGGAGCAGUUAAUGAUAAUGUAUCUGAAACACUUGCAAAGCUUAAUAGUACAAAACGCGCACAAAGACAAUUUGCUAUGCGUGCUUGGUGUACCGGUAAGUUACACGAAAUGUCAAAGGGAUGCAUUGCUUUCCGCAUGCAAAGUUGCCAAUCUAAACGCAGAACUCUUGGACGAGACCAUAGCAAUUGCCACGGGUUUCGCACUCUCACAACCUCAAAUACACGUCGGGUCCAGUUUCGAUCGUCAGGUGGCUUUGAUCAGCAUUGGAUACAUGCACACGCAAGUUGCGAUAUGUGAAUUUAAGCCUCAGUUUGUGCGAAUCCUGGCCACAUCAUCUGAUCCUGAUCUGGGCGGGUUUCAUUUUGACCGAAUACUUUGUGACUUGAUCUGUGAAGCUGUAAAAAGAACCCAUCCUGAUAAGUAUGCCCAGAUUGAAUCACGCAGAUUAUUAGUUCACAUUAUGGCCGCAUUAGAUGACGUUAAGAAGUGCUUGAGUCGGGACGACUGGCAAAUUUCCGUCCGAAUCACUGAUCUAUUCCAAGUUGAAAGUGCGAUCGUCGAACUCACGCGUUUCUCAAUUCAGACCAAAUGCACAAAUUUGUUGAACCGUCUGAAGGAAACCAUACUGAUAUGUUUACGAGCUCCUGGUGUCUGUUCUGACCGAAUUGACAGCGUUCAAUUGAUCGGUGGCACAUGUCGCAUGCGGGAGAUUGUGGAUACGGUUAAACACGCGUUUGGGAAGAAGAUCAAUACCAGUUUUCAAGGUGAUGACCUCGUCGCUAACGGUUGCGCUUAUCAUGCUGCCGCAAAAACAGGAAGUUUCCAGACUUCGAUCACCGUGUUGGAGAGUGCCGGUGCACUGUCUGAAGAACAAAUUCAGCACUACCGCUCAGUUGAGUCCCAAAUCACGCAGUUAGACGAGCUGGAAAAAGCGGCACAGGAACGUGUGAAUGCAUUGGAAGAAAGCACAUACAUCGCCGAAGAUGUUGCACAACCCGGAGCAUUGCCAUACGUGUUUGAUCAUGAACUGAAGGAGUACAGGGAAAGUGUGGAAAAAAUCCGUACUGAUAUUUGGUUGAAGGGGUUUGAUCGCAGCAUUCAGGAAUGCAAUCGAGUUAAGCGCGAGCUGUCGGAAAUGGAACAAAAGAUCCGACACAUGUCUGAAGUACGCCAACGUCUUAUUGCUUUCUUAUUAAAGGUGAGUAUUUGCAUCGACUGCAACACGGACAGAAAGGUUCAUGUUACACAAUUCAAUGAUCACUUAUACAAGGUACUUUCAGCCGUGUUACUCAACACUGAAGUCUGGCUAUUUCAUUCUCGCUGGGGAGAAACAGUGGCGAAUAUACUCACUACAUACACCGUGAUUAAAACCGGUCUGGGAAUUGUUUAA